GGCCAUAUUUGCCGGUGCUGCUCUGCUGUAAACAAAAAGUGUCUGAGGGAGACAGAGACGCUUCAUUGGAUUUUAGGACGAUUUUUAUUUCUUUAAUUUAUAAUGUCUUUAGGAAUGUCUUACAAGCCCAACCUCCAUCAGCAUGUUCUCGGAACUUCCGUGAACCAAGUUGCUGUUGUUCACUCUACUUCAACAAGCAUAUCAACACUGCAAUCUUACAGGCCAGUAGUGAAUGACUAUGGACCACCAUCUUUCAGCUUUUCACAGAGUUCAAGCGGAAGUCAAGUGCCUCAGAGUAAAUAUGCAGAACUGCUAUCCAUUAUUGAAGAGCUUGGGAAGGAGAUAAGACCAACUUAUGCUGGGAGCAAAAGUGCCAUGGAGAGACUAAAGCGAGGUAUCAUUCAUGCCAGGGGGCUUGUACGUGAAUGCUUGGCAGAAACAGAGAGAAAUGCAAGAUCCUAACAGGCAAAGUGCAAUGUUAUUGAAUUGGACCAACUCUCCAGACUGAAGAUCUACAAGAUGAAGCUCUUAGUCAAUACUUUUAUUGGACCAAUAAAAAUGAAACUUUUACUUUAUUUUUUAACUGCGAUGGCACAUUGGGCUUUGACCAAAAAAGUGACCUAUGAGCUGUACUUGACAUGAAUUUCCUGGUUUUAUUUGUGCUCCCCUUGGAAAUGCCCAAUUUCAAUAUUGUAUGAAUAAAAACAAAAAUGAAAACAAACAAAAUGCAUGUUAUGUAGCAAUGCCCCUAUCAUUUAAUGAAACGUGCAUGGAUUUUAUAAUGUGAGUGGAGGGCAUUUUGACAAUGGAUGAGUUCUACCUGUAGCUAAUAUACUUAGUAGCUACUAACUAUUACUAUAGUAAAUAUAACAUAUACUAUAAUAGUUACAGUAUCUUUUUACUACAGUGGCUAUAGCAUCUUUUAAACAUAUUUAAGCACGAGUAACAGCAAAAGGGAUAGGUGCUUUUAGCAUGUGUUUACAUACACUAGCGUUGCUUUAAAUUGUAUUUGUUUGCACAAAAACAGUCCGUGGGAAGCCAGAAGUUAUCCAUUUCAUCUUACUGUGCCGGUGGGCAGGACUGUUGGUAAUUAUGGCUGGGGUAUUUUGAGACCCCCAAAUGACCAACAGUCCUGUCCACCGGCACAAGAAGUCUGGCUUCCCACGGACAAUUGUUGUACAACCCAAUACAAUAGCGUUGCUUUCAAGUGUAUGUACAAAAGGAAUAGUUCCAACCACACUUAAACACACCACAUUAUGGAUAAACUAUUGUACUAAAGUCAUUGUUUGCAUCUUUGUAUUUAUUGCCCAGUGUAAUACAACUUAUUUCCAUUAAAAUGAUUGAAAAUA